AUGGCUACUCAGACGGAAACGCUGGUAUUGGCACCGAUUGCACACCCGGGCCUCGAGUCUGGGAGCGACACUCAAUUGCCCAGCACCGAUAGUGUCUCUGGAUGCUCCGAUAUCGAGGAAGUCCGACCAGCCUCGCGCUUCCGAAAGACGGCUGUGACUUUUCAGCUUUCUGGCGUCAACUUUGCUUCCAGCGCUGCCAAUGGUCUCAUCGUGGUCGGUCUCCCUCGGAUGACCCAGGACCUUGACUUGCCUCAAUCGCUUGCAUUUUGGCCCUCUUCUGUCCCUGGUUUGGCGACAGCGUCGACGCUGCUGAUCGCUGGUGCUGUUGCCGAUGUCAUUGGUCCACGAUCAGUAGACUUGCUUGGGUGCAUCGCCAACGGCGCCCUCAUGCUUGCAUGCGCAUUCAUCCAAAAGGGUGAAGAAUUGGUUGUCCUGAGGGCACUGCAAGGUAUCGCCCUUGCUCUGCACUUGUCCAGUUCUGUAUCCCUCGUCACCAAGAUCUUACCCCGCGGUCGGGGACGCAACUUUGCUUUUGCUUGUCUCGGUCUGAGUCAACCGCUUGGUUUCUCCUUUGGUCUUGUCAUUGGCGGUAUUCUGGUUGAUACCAUUGGAUGGCGAUCGGGAUGGUAUCUUUACGGAGGCAUCACUCUGGUGCUGUCAGCUGUUGGCUUCUGGUCCUUGCCCAAGUCCGCUCCACUUGGGACGCUCCAGGAUGUUAUACACAACCUGAAGACAAAGGUCGAUUGGGUUGGUGCCUUGCUCGCCUCAGCUUUCAUGGCAUUGAUUUCGUAUUUCCUCGCCAUCAUCAGCACAGACGUUUACCGCAUUAAAGAGCCUGCUAGCAUCGUCAUUCUCUGUCUCGGCGUUGUGGCUCUGCCCUUGUUCAUCGGCUGGAUGCAUCGUCAGCACACAUCAGGCCAACCGGCCCUCAUCCCCAACUCGUUUUGGGAAAACUCUGCGUUUGCCAGCAUUUGCGCCACCAUCGCCUUGUCCUUUGGGGUUUUGACCUCGCUGGAACUCUUUGCUAGCCUCUUCUUCCAAGAAAUCCAGCAUCUCUCGGCCCUCCAAGCCGCAAUUCGCAUUCUGCCAAGCAUCGUCGUCGGAGUCACUCUCAACUUCUCCACUGGCCUCUUUGUGCACAAGGUUCCGGCCCUCUGGCUCGUUGUCAUCACCUGCAUCCUUUCUGCUGGUUCCCCUUUGCUCAUGGCGACCAUCGAGCCAAGCUGGUCUUAUUGGACAAGCGCAUUCUUCGCCCAACUCUUGAUGCCCUUCUCUGCCGAUGUGCUUUUUACCGUUGGACUAAUCAUCGUCACUGAGAUGUUUCCCGAUGAUAAGCAGUCUAUCGCUGGUGCUGUCUUUAACACUGCGUCCCAAUUUGGAAACGCCUUUGGGUUGGCCGUCAUGCAGGUUGUCUCUACCCUUGUGGCCAAGGACCAUGAUGGAAUGAAGCCCUCUGAGGCUCUGUUAGAGGGAUAUAGGGCAAGCUUCUGGACAAUGUUUGCUUUCAUGAUGGCAUGCGUUGUCAUUGCGGGAGCCGGGUUGCGAAAGACAGGCAAGAUUGGAUUGAAGCAAGAUUAA